AUGCUCUCCAAAGCUUCCACUGCCAUCUCUCAAGCGUUAUCUUCAUCACCUGCGUUGAGUGUUGGAAUCGGUGCUGCAGUUGCACUUUACGGAGCUUGGAAGUUGUAUCAAAAAUUGUAUGCUCCUACCGUUGUGAAGAGCCUUCGAAUUUUCCCUGUCAAAUCAUGCAGAGGAUUCGAAGUUGAUGAAUGGGAAAUUGGUGAAUUCGGAUUUCUCUAUGAUCGAGCUUGGAUGAUUGUCCGAGAAAAGGACAAUAAAUUCAUCACCCAACGUGAAGUUCCAACCAUGGUACUUAUCAAAACAAUUGUGGAUCCAAAAACAGGUACCUUGCAUUUGAAUUUCCCAGGUAUGGGAGUAAAAUCAGUUCAAUAUACAAGACACAUUGAAGUGAAUGACUCAAAUGCUGACAAGGUGAAAAAAGUUACUAUUUGGAGCGAUACUGUCACUGCUUUUGAUUGUGGAAAUGAAGUCGCACAAUGGCUUUCAACUUGUCUUAAACAAAACGUUCGUCUCGUUCAAGUGAUUGAUCAAUUCAUCGAUGCAAGAACUGACAAGACCAUUGAAAUUAAGCAUCAUCAAAGACCACCUGAAGAAGAUGUGAUUAGACCUUUUACUGAGCAAGGAGUUACAAUUUCAUACGUUUCUCAGUUUGCUGACGCUUAUCCCUUCUUACUGACUUCAGAUAAUUCAGUUCGUGAUUUCAACAAGCAAGUCAUUGCUGACCAAUCAUCCAACGCAAUUUCUGCAUGGUUCAAUACCUUGUCCAUUAAACCCUAUGAAGAAGAGAAAUAUAGACAAAUUGAAAUUAAUGGAAUACCAUUGUUUGGUGUUAAACGUUGCACGAGAUGUACCAUGCCAAGUGUAGAUACUGCAAAGGGUGUGAAGAGAAGUUUCAUUACUGACUCCCUCAAUAAGCAUCGUUUUUGCAAGGUUGCAGAUGGUACAGUUUUUGGAAUGAAUUUGUGUCAUCAGGCAAAGAAUGUCGGAUCCAAAAUUCGUGUUGGACAAGAAGUGAAAGUCAAAGAAGUCGCUUUUGUUAAGUAA